UGCUUAUUUUGGAUCAGUUUUGUGUUGGUGUAAUUGGUGCUAGGUAGAAGACAUCGUGCAGAUAUUUGUUAUUGACUCUCUCUGCAGUGAACAAAAGCAGAGGUGUUUUAAUGAUGGCUCUGCUGCUGCUCAGCCUGAUCAUAGCUCUGCUGUCUGCAAAACCAAAACAGGAGGGGAAGGCGCUCUUGAGAUAAGGCCUUGUGUCUGGAUGCUGGUUACUUUGUCCCCUUUUGUGCUGUCGGGAGUGAGCAACGGGAAUGCCCAUGUGCUUGUAGGCAUCAGGUCUGUACAGUGUGACCAUGCUCUGCUGUCAUUGUGCAUGUAUCUUUGCUCACACGAGUGCACUGGACCUGAGUUGUCCAGCUCUGCACAUCACAGAAAACAUGCAAAGAAAGAAGAGCAGAGAGACAGCAGGUGUGGUUGCUCCUUUGAUGCAAGUUGUUUUGGUCCUUUUGGUCCUUCCAAAGAGGAAGAAGCUUUUUGGCCCACUUGGUGUGUCGUUGUUGGGCUGUCAGGCCUGCUGCUCAGAGCUGCUGGCCCCUUGGUUUAACUACAACCAUCAAAUGGAGCUUGGGAAGGUGGAAUGGGUUGAGAAUGGGUUUGUGUGCUCUAAAAGUGCCAAUAAGGUUUCUGUUCUAAAAUGUUUUCUCCUACUUUUUCCCUUCUUGCUCUGUGUGUUUUGGGUUGGCAUUUCUUACGUGUUUGUUUUUUUUCUGCUCCCACGGACUGGGCAGCACAGAGGUGAGCAGGUUCAGAAGCAACCCUGUCCUUCCUUACCUGUAGAGCACCUCCAAGGCCGUAAGGUACGUUCCUCAUUUGUCUGUCUUGUGUGUCUCUUGGGGAUGAACAACUGUUACUCCACCAGCUGGGCCUUGGGCAAGCUGCGGUGUUUCGUUCUGAUGUGGACAGGAUGAGGAGGUAAUGGAAAUUAUGGUUUAAAAUAUCCUGUAGUUGUCUAGCAAAUUCUCUCUGGAGAGCUCCAGCAUUAGCUGGCUUACCCAGUGAUCCUUAUGGCAAUGAACUGUGGUGUCUGCACAGCAGAGGAACAGGUUGGAGGCGUUUGGCCUCUUGUUCUGUGUGAGCGGGCUGCAAGAGCUGGUGAGGAAUUCCAUUCUUUCUGAACACCGGUGUAAGAUAAAAAUAAGACAAUGAAAAGGUUCUUGGGUUCUCACAUAUUGCUUCUAAAUGUUUUAUGUGGACAGUUUGUGGGACUGUUUGGAAUUUAGGACAAGCACAAGUCUUGCAAACAAAAAUGUGUUCCAAACAUGCAAAUUAUGCACUAGUAAAGCACUGUUUCUAAAUAGCCACAUCAGGUGCAAAUAUUAUUUGCGUGGUAGGUAGAAUAUACAUUAAUCCGUCUGUUUCUUCUUGGGUUUCCUGUUUUGUUUCCUCUCUUUAGGUGUGUUUUAUAAAAUGUAUUUUCAGCACAAAUCUGCUGUCAUUAAUCUCAGCUGAAUUUUAUUGAGCGGCUGAAUUGAGGACAAAGAAUGUAUCAGCAGAGCUUCAGUGUACGCACACCUUCCCCAGCUGCAGUGUGGAUUCCAUGAGUCUGAAACUGAUGAAAUGGAUGAAAAAAAAGCACAAAAUUGAUUUGAAAAGGCAGAGAGGACAGCUGUCUCACUUUUCUGUUACAUGCAGGUGAACUGUUGAGCCUUCCCCUGAGCACUGUUUGCUUAAUGACUAAAGGGAAAGCACUUCAUGUCACUCUAAAAAGUAAAUACCUGAAGUUAUGGAUUAACCCAAGUUCCAGCAGAGCUCAUGGCGGAAGAAUAAAUCACGCUGAUUGACACGGAAUAAAGCAGGGACAUCUGCUGCAACAUGUGGAAGCUCAUCACCAUAGGGGUGCUGCUGGCCGCCUGCUCCUCACCAGUGUGCCAUACCUCAAUAUUUUACAGCUACAAGGAUGCGAACCAAGUCCUGAAAAUCCAGAAGCGGGCCAACUCUUUCCUGGAGGAGAUGAAGCCAGGCUCUCUGGAGCGCGAGUGCAAAGAAGAGACGUGCAACUUUGAGGAGGCCAGUGAGAUAUUUGAAACCAAAGAAGCCACGCUGGACUUUUGGAGCAAGUAUGUAGAUGGAGAUCAGUGUGCCCAGAAGCCUUGUUCCAAUGGGAACUGCAAGGACAAUAUCGGAUCAUAUUCCUGCAUCUGUGACAAAGGCUGGGAGGGAGCUCAGUGCAAUUAUGAGGUCAAAUACAAUAACUGUUCUGUGGAUAAUGGAGGAUGUGAACAUUUCUGCAAGGAAGACCCUGCCAAGCAGUGCCGCUACUGCAGCUGUGCAUCUGGCUAUCAGCUGAUGAACGACCACAACAUGUGCAAGCCUGUAGUGGAGUUCCCCUGUGGACGAGUGAAAAUGGACUACAUCGAAGGCAAAGCAGAAUUCAAUAUUCGGCUUAUUGGGGGAAAUUCAGGAGGAAGGGGUUUUAGCCCUUGGCAGGUUAUGCUGCAAAGCGUGAAAGGGAAAUUUUUGUGUGGGGGUGUUCUCAUCCAUCCGUCUUGGGUCCUAACAGCAGCACACUGUGUUGAGGCAGGAGAGACUCUCAAAGUAAGACUUGGUAAAUUCCACCGUCUCCGUACUGAGGCCAAUGAGCAAACCAUUUGGGUUGAUAAAUACGUGCGCCAUGAAAAUUACACCAAGCUGACCUCCGACAAUGACAUAGCCAUGCUGCACUUGGCCGAGCCCGUCAUGUAUAACAAAUACGCGCUGCCCAUUUGCCUUCCCACCCGGGACCUGGCAGAGCAUGAGCUGACAACAAAGGGGAGGCAGAUGCUGGUGACUGGCUGGGGCAGCACAAGCGAUGAAAUGAGGAAUUACUCUGCUCUCCUCAGCUACAUCGAAAUCCCCAUUGUUCCCAAGAAUGAGUGUGCCCAAGUGAUGACAAACGCAAUCUCUGACAACAUGCUGUGUGCGGGGAGCUUAGAGGACAGGAAGGAUUCCUGCAGUGGGGACAGUGGAGGCCCUAUGGCCACUAAAUAUAAGGAUACUUGGUUUUUGGUAGGACUGGUGAGCUGGGGAGAAGGCUGUGGAAGAAAGGAGAAAUUUGGAGUCUACACCAAAGUUAGUCAGUACCUGGAAUGGAUCCAGCACCACAUGAAGAAGAUGUCAGCUUCUUGGAGGGGUUGAUUCUGAUGCUUUGAGCCUGGAAUACUGUGGCUAUGUGCUAUGCUAGUGACAGUAGAAGGUGUAAUGUACUGUCGCAUCUACAAUAUUAAAUGUUGAGUAUCUGUUAA